CUUAUCAAUUCUGUGCUUUUUUUCACAGGGGACUUGGUGUACAAUGUCACUGAUGGCUUGGGAUGGUGUUAUUCUGCAUAUUGCAAUGCGUCUUGUAAAGUUGAAACAAAACAGAACCCAUGUUCUACGACACCAAUACCCAGCACUACUGCACAUUCAACUGCAACAAUGUUUAGCACCACGACAGAGGCCACAAUUUCAAGCUCGACUCCUCUGGCCACAACUACGCCUACCUCUACUGUCAAUACAUCAGAAACUCCAUCAACUACAUUUGACUGCAAUGACGUGUAUCCAUCAAGAAAGAAUGGACAGUCGUGGAAGGUAAAUAACUGCACCACAGCUACGUGCACCAAUGGCAAGAUCACAGAGACACAUACUGUUUGUCCUACCUCGCAUCAAUCCAUCUGUUCCAAUGGACGCAACGUUUCCAAGGUUUAUGAUGCCAAUGGAUGUUGCUUUCACUAUGAAUGUGAAUGUGUGUGCAGUGUCUGGGGUGGAUCCCACUACUUGACUUUUGAUGGAACAUCGUAUAGUUUCAUGGAGAACUGCUCUUACUACUUGAUCAAAGAAAUUAUUGCUAAAUAUAAUUUAACUAUGAUAGUAAAUAAUCGUUACUGUGAUCCUUCAACGGACACAUUCUGUCCCAAAGGUCUCAUUAUUACAUACCAAUCCUACAACGUUGUUUUGACUCAGUUGAAGACUUCAGGAACAGAAACUAAUGUGGUAUAUAUAAAUCAGAAACGCAUUUAUCCCGCAUACAGCAAUUCUGAACUGCAACUCACCAGCACAGAUAUGGUGAUCACACUGGAGAUAAAGGCAAUCAACACAAAAGUGGUCUAUAGGGGCUCCUCAUUUAGCAUUGACCUUCCCUAUUCCCUCUUUGAAGGAAACACUGAGGGACAGUGUGGGACAUGUGACAACUCCCAGGCCAAUGAAUGCCGUUCUCCAAAUGGUCAGGUGGAAAACUGCUCAACAUCUGCAGGUCAGUGGAAAGUCCCGGGUUCAUCCUGUGUCACCCCCACAAGCCCACCAAUUACUACACAACCACCCACGACCACUUCAGAACCUUCGCACUUAACAACAGAGCAAGUUUGCAAAUCUGACGUCUGUAAUCUCCUCACCAGCAGUGUAUUUGCACAAUGCAACUCAGUCAUAUCCCCAGCACCAUUUAUGAAGGCCUGUUUGGCUGACAAUUGCAAGAGUAGCAAUGCCACCUGCUCCAGCCUUGAGGCCUAUGCCACUGAGUGCUCUAAUGCAGGAGUCUGUGUUGACUGGAGGAACGCUACCAACGGGCUGUGUGAGCUCAAGUGUCCAAGCAAUAAAGUUUACAUGGCAUGUGGUCCAUCUAUAGAGCCAACAUGCAGUAACAGAUACAACAAGCAGUUCCAGACAUAUAGCAAACCAUCCACUAAAGAGGGUUGUUUCUGUCCUAAUGGCACCACCUUAUUCAACACAGUGCAUGACACAUGUGUCACCUCCUGUGAUUGUAUUGGCCCUGAUGGAAAACCCAGAGUGCCUGGUGACACAUGGACAAGUGACUGCAACAACUGUAGGUGUGACCAGGAUUCCAUGAGCAUCGAGUGUCAGCCUGUUCAGUGUCCAUCAGUGCACAGUCCUAACUGCAGCGAACCUGGACAGCAGUUGGUCAACAAAACAGACACAUGCUGCACAACACAAUCAUGUGAAUGCAAUGUAAGCCUGUGUUCCGCUCCAAUCACCUGCUCGGUGGGCUUCCAACUCAAAAUCACUAACAGCACCUGCUGCCAAUCCUACGAAUGUGUUCCGAAGGGUGUAUGCGUCUACAACAUGACUGAGUACAUGCCUGGUGCCAAGAUACAAAUACCAGAAACACCAUCAGAAGCACCGUUGGAAGUUCCAUCAGUAGCAGGACAACCUUCAGGAACAACAGCACUGUCAUUGGAGCAAGAGAGUGCAGAAACAACAGUAAAACCUAUAUCAGUGGGGUCCUCCACACCUGGGCCUUGCCAGGAGUGUUACUGUGGCCCCAACAUGAAUCCCGUUACCAAGCUGAACGUCAUUACCUGCAAACCUGUUGUCUGCAACAAAAGCUGUUCUGAGGGUUACGAAUAUCAGACUGUUGCUGGAAAGUGCUGUGGGACGUGUGUCCAAAAGAGCUGUAUUUUCACUACACCUGGCAACCUGACAGUACAUAUCAUUGAGGUGAACAACACUUAUGUAUCCCCUGCUGAUAAGUGCAUGCAGUAUACUUGUGAAAAGGUCAAUGGACAGGUUACCACAAAGAAAAUCAAGACCACCUGUCCUCCCUUUAACCCCCUGGACUGUGUACCUGGCACUGAAUCAACUGACACCAAUGGAUGCUGCAAAACCUGUAAGCUUCAGAGUGUCUGUGAGGUCCAGAGUGAGCAGACAGUCAUUGAAGUGAACAGUUGCAAGAGCCUGCAACCAGUCAACAUCACAUUCUGUGCCGGACACUGUGGAAGUUCAUCUAAGUAUUCUGCAGCAGCUAACACCAUGAUACGUCAAUGUGAGUGUUGCCAGGAGGCAAGCACCAGUCUGAAGCAGGUGGAGCUAUCCUGCAGUGAUGGAUCCAAAGUCCAGCACUCCUACACCCAGGUGCAGACGUGCCGCUGCAGCAAAACAGAAUGUGCGACAGGGACGACGUCCAAACCGCAACAGCGCAGGAGACGCUGAUUAGUUACUUGGUGUUUUAUGUUAGGCCAGGCUUAACCUUUCUUCAUUGUCAACUUUUACUAUUUAUAACCAGACGCAUUCUCCUUUUCAGUGUCAAACCACACUACUUUGAUAUAAACUUCCUUCAGCUUUCUUGUUAUUAUGCUUAUUAAAAUAUUUCUGCAACAUGAA